CGGCGACUACGGGAAAUCUAACUUGGACUCUAAUCAAGUGAGGAGAAAGGUGGAAAAAGAAGUAUCGCCGCCGCGCUACCUCCUCGCUCCGCCACCUGUGCCGCCGGAGUAAAAGAGUUUGGAGUUUCCGCUUCGGUAAGCCCACUCGAAUUUCUCUCCGUCUAUAUUCCCUCAACUAGUGCUCUCAAAUUUUAUCUGCGCCGCACGAAAACCUAGCCUCCUUCGCUCCCGAUCCAAGUUUCCGCCAAUCGCUCAUUGAUCUGAUUUGAAUCUUGCGAAUCCGUCAGCUGCAGCAGAACAAAGCUAUGUCGGCGCUCUUCAAUUUCCAUUCGUUUCUCACGGUUGUGCUGUUGGUGAUUUGUACUUGUACUUACGUGAAGUUGCACUUCCCAGCCAUACUUGAACACAAAACAGGGUUUCGUGGUUUCUUCUGGAAGGCAGCCAGAAUAGGUGAACGUCUGAGUCCAUGGAUGGGAGCAGGAUGCUUUGCGAUGGGUGUUUCAAUCAUAUUCUUCUGAGCAAUGAACUUUGGGCCUUUGUAUUUGGAAGUACGCCAAUCAUGCUUUCUGAGUAAUUUCCUACUUCUACUGCUUGAUUACCACUUACAGUUACAGAUGUAUCCAUACAUAAUGUUUUACAGGAUAGAAAAUACUGUUUUCCAUUCAUGUGAUCUCUAGAUUAGAUGUUAAAGCUUCUUUUGGUGUUAGAGACUUUCUUUUUUGCUGUUCCUAUGACUUAAUUUGCUCUUAAAGAACUGAAUUAAAAAAAAAUCUGACAUUUAGGCAGUUUGUCGAUUGAGGUGAAAGACAUGUCAUUGUUUCCCCCAUCCUGCUCCCUACAGAAACUAAGCAGAUAAAGCAGGCUUCUUUUGUUAAACUAAGGUAGAAAUCAGAGAGGAAUGAUCAUUUGAUUUUUCGAGGUGAUUUAUUUUAUUGCUCCUUGUAAGCCACUAUAUUCAUGUUUCAUGCACAUGAGAUC